CUACAGUCCAUAACUCUAAUUUUACAACAAUUGAACUUUCACGUGUUUGUUGAACAAAUUAAAACAUUUUCUUUUCAAACUAUUAUCAAAUGAAAAGAGCUAAUAUUUAAUGAAUACUAUGAACCAACGAACUGUUUCUCAAGCACUAAUAACAGAUACUUGUAUAAGCACCUAAGAUCUCAAACUUAUCUUAUUUCUUGAAAUUUCUUUAUUAUUGUACUGCUACUUGUUAAUUAUUUUCAAGCUUCUGUCGUGUGAUGGCAGCACAAUGCAAAGAAAAAGCAUUAUGUUAUCACAGUGACAUUAUCAGUCAGUGACAGUUAUUGAAACUUUGUCGGAACCGGAACCGCGUGCUCGAUGUUCAAAUAGCAUUACUUGACUCUUUGUACGGCAUUGUAUGCCGAAUUUACUUAUGUAUGUGCAUUGCAUGUAUUGAUUACUUUGCAAUUUAAUGUCAUUUAUCGCGCACGCGACGAAGUUUUAUAAACACACAAAGUAUAUAAAUUCGAACAACUGUUUAUAAAAUUUUGAACGAACGCACAUGUUUUUAUACUUCGCAACGAUUCGUCAUUCGAUAACCUAAAAAGUCGAUAUGGCCGAAUCGGAACAAGAUUCAUGUGAUCGCGGUGAAAAUGACAAUUUAAAGACUGACAAAAUGUUUAUAUUGAAAAAAUGGAACGCCGUGGCUAUGUGGAGUUGGGAUGUGGAGUGUGACACCUGUGCGAUUUGUCGAGUUCAAGUUAUGGACGCGUGUCUUCGGUGCCAAGCAGAGAGCAAAGAGGACUGCGUUGUCGUCUGGGGGGAGUGCAAUCAUUCGUUUCAUUAUUGUUGCAUGUCUCUUUGGGUCCAACAGAACAAUCGGUGCCCGCUAUGCCAGCAAGAAUGGUCCAUUCAACGGAUGGGAAAAUAACCGAAGAAGUCAAGAAAUUUUUUGAUCAUUACUCAUCCCUUCUUCCGUCUAUCUCUCUACCUAUUCUAUCGCUCAACUUUCUCUCUUCAUCAGACAUACUCCCCGUCUACUCACGAUUCUUGAUGACUAUCAAAAUUAUUUAAUCUUCAGACGUUUUGCUACGUCAUAAGAUAUAUGAUCAAGAUAUUGGAGAAGUUCAAUGUUCCGCGCGACGAAGUCCAUGAUACGCGUGACUAACAAUAAAAUAUAUUUGAUUGAUAAGCCACGUUUUUCGUACAAUUUCCAAUAAAAGCACGUUCAUUUCAAAUACUUUUGUAGAAUUCUUUUAAUAGUUUAUUAAGUUCAUCUGGAAGAGAAAUCUUUCUUCUUGUGUUCAAUUAAAACUUUACAAAUCAUUACAUUUAACAUUUUGCAGUUUGGUAAGGUGCGAUACGAGCUGCACAUAUAAUCGCGAUCCAACUUUCGAAGGUCGCUCUUCUCUUCUUUGCUCUUAACCUGUUCUCUUCUACUAUCCCCGUCUGGUUUCUGUUGAUUCUUCCUUUUUAUUCCCCUUCCUCCUUGUCCUGCAGCCUCGGUCAGGGCGCCGUUCGAUAGUUACUCGGAAUCACGUGUCGUCAUUACCACGGGAGGCUCGUCCGGAGGCUCGACCAAUCGAAUAGUAGAAGGGCAUAAAAGCGUUUAUAUUUAUGACCUCGCAGUCGCUGCCGCUUCUUGUGAUACCCUUCUUUUCCUUCCUUUUUUAAAUCCUAUGCUGUAAAAUCUUCGGUCCUUCUCCUUGACUAUCCUCCGAGUCUUGUCUGCCCCCACUUCUUUAUCUAUCUUUGUUUCUGAACUGACGCAAAGAUAACUCGUGGUUACACGCACGGAAUCUACCCACUGUAUGCUUUUCUUUCCCCUUUCGCUGCGUCCUCUUCUCUAUACAUAGAACUGACGCCGCGUUCACGAAAGUCACAAUGACGCAACAACCUAGAUUUUUAGUACCGUCAGAAUUAGUUGUUAUCUAGUCGAAAUUGUGCUGAUCCACAUUCGUAGAACUUUGAGCCUACAGAUAUAAAUUUGUACAGUGGGACAUUUCAUAGGAAAAGGUAUAUUCGUCAAUGGAAUUACAGACCUACAAAUCAAUAUUGUAAACGUUUAGCCGUUUAGCGUAAAAAAUUAUCUUACUUAUGCUUGAGAGACAUUUAUGUUAAAGACAAAAAUAGAAUAUUUUAGUUGGAAGAACGUUUAGCAGUCAUUCAUUUCAUAAGCAUUUGAUAUCUUAAUCUUUGUAAAACUGUUCGUCAUUGGUAGAAGUGUAUUGAUUUGGCGUACUCAUCUCUUACGUUUAAAGUGUAUAAAGUAUGUGUAUCAAUGCGAUCAGAUUAAGAAAAUAAAGCCGCCUUACAAUUAA